UAAAAUUCUAGUUUUUUCUGGAACCAGAACUCCUCUGCUUCGGAAUUUCGGAUUGGGUACCUUUUUUUUUUCUCCACGUCUCUGUCUUCUUUCCGUCCUUGGUCUGUUCCUCCACACUCAGUCCUCUCUGCCCCCCUGCUUUUCCUUCUUCCUCCUUUUCCCUUCCUCCCCUGAGAAUUCGAUUCCCAUUCUCAGUUCCCUCUGUUUACAAAUUGCCCCUCUCACUGACCCUUUGAGUGCUGCAACUGACCCUCGACCCCUUACAUUCCUUCUGGUGUCCUGGCAGAGCUCGGGUCCUUUUCCGGUGGCUUUGAUUUAGCUUGAAGGUUUAACGUUGAACCGCGCAUGACUCUUGGGAGAGGAAAGGAAAGGUGAGGGAGUUUGUUUGUUUCGUGGGGAUUGGUCAAAGCUCAAAGCAGAGUGAAGAAGCUUGAGUUCCCUUCAAGUUUAGUGAAGAAGAGCAAACAGGGGAUGCCGAUGGUGAUGUUCUUCCUUUUCUCUUCCUGUUCCUUCACUUGAUCCCUUCUGGCGCGGUUCGCCAUUGCCAGCAAAGAGUCUCACUGUAGACAGACAGACACACACACGCAGACCGUUUCAAUAGCCCCGAAAUUUAGCGUCAAAAAAUAGGAUUUCUUUUUUUUUUUUCCCCCUUCUUCCUUUUCCUUCUCUCUCUCUCUCUCUUUCUCUGUGUCUCGGUUCGCGGAUUCCGUCCUUUUCCUAAGAAUUUCCACUUGUGAUUGUGGAGAUACCCUCCGAUAAUUUAUCUUCUUCCUCGCUGCCUAGUUCCUUCCCUUUGUUUAACCUCCAUUUUUGCGAGCUGCGGAGACGGCAUUUAAGACGGGGGUAAACCCACACCCCUCUCUCACCCUAUCUCAAUCGAUAGAUAAACCAUGGCCGGCCUUCAGAACCGGCAGAUGCACUCGAACCUUGACUCCUUCCUCCGCUGCACCGCCCCGGUCAUCCGGUCCCAGUUCCUGUCAAAGACCGAGAUGAAGAGCUUGAAUCGGCUUUGGCACCCGUGGGAGAGGGAGAAGGUCGACUACUUCACAUUGAGCGAUCUCUGGCGUUGUUACGAUGAAUGGAGCGCUUACGGCGCCGGCGUCCCGAUCCUCACAAACGGCGAGACUCUCGUCCAGUACUACGUCCCCUACCUCUCUGCGAUCCAAAUCUUCACCAGCACUUCCUCCCUGAACAGCCUCAGGGAAGAGACCGAGUUCGGCGACUGCGAGGCAAGGGACAGCUUCAGCGACUCGUGGACCGACGAGAGCGAGAGCGAGAAGAAGUGGAGGCUCGAUGGGAGCUCCUCGGAGGACGGGGGAUCAGAGACCGACAACCCGUGGCCUCUGAAUGAUAGGCUGGGUCACCUUUAUUUCCAGUACUUCGAGAAAUCAGCUCCUUAUGUUAGAGUUCCUUUGAUGGACAAGAUCAACGAAUUAGCUGGAAGAUACCCCGGCCUGAUAUCACUGAGGAGCGUCGAUCUUUCUCCAGCAAGUUGGAUGUCAGUUGCCUGGUACCCGAUAUACCACAUCCCCAUGGGGAGAACCAUAAGGGACCUUUCCACAUGCUUCCUCACAUACCACACCCUCUCAUCUUCCUUCCAAGAUAUGGAGAUGGAGGAGGAGGAGAUGGGAGAGUUUGAAAGGAAUAGGAAGAGGAAGGAAGUGGUGGGGGAGGGAAUAUCUGUUCCGGCGUUUGGGCUGGCCACGUACAAGAUGCAAGGGAACGUGUGGGUCCCAGGGGGCAAGACUGGGAGGGACCAGGAGAAGCUGACGUCCCUGCAGAGCGUGGCCGAUUCCUGGCUCAAGCAGCUCCGGGUCCAGCACCACGACUUCAACUACUUCACUGGGAUCCGCCGUGCCUGACCCCCCUCCCCGACCCGUCCGCGGCCUCCAGCCGCUAGGCCCAAUUAAGGCAGGCUGCAACUGCCAGUCAAUUUGGUGGUCCGUUUGGCAAUGUAUGAGAGACCUUUCCAUUUCCCCGUCAGUUGGGGUGAAUGCUGCGAGCUGAAAGUGGGGGAUUUUGUCAGGAUCUUCCCAUCGAUUCGGCUCUUAAUUUCGGAGGGAUCAUUUCAUGGCUGAGAUUUAGGCGACUUAUCUGUGCUUUUUUUUUUUGGUUGGGUAUUUUCCUAAGGCUUUUUUUUUUUUUUAAAUAUUUGAGUAGAGAAGUCAGUUUGUGCGGUUUAAUGGCUUUCCAUUCCACUGACUUGGAUGUAAAGUAGUUGCAUGCUUUUGUAGCAUUUUUGUAUAGAUUGACCCUUUUGUAAAUUGGAAAAAAAAGAAGGAGGAAAAACAUGUUUAUGUUCGUGCCCUAAAUAUGCCCCCCUCCUUGUUUUUCUU